AUGGAGCCCGCAGCCGGCGGCCCCGGCCCGCUCAUCUUGAACAACAAGCAGCCUCAGCCGCCGCCGCCGCCGCCGCCCGCCGCCGCCGCGCAGCCGCCGCCCGGGACACCGCGGGCCGGCGCGGGUCUCCUGCCGGCGGGCAAAGCCCGGGAGUUCAACCGCAACCAGCGCAAAGACUCGGAGGGCUAUUCCGAGUCUCCGGACCUGGAGUUUGAGUAUGCUGACACGGACAAGUGGGCAGCCGAGCUCUCAGAGCUUUACAGCUACACGGAGGGGCCAGAAUUCCUGAUGAACCGGAAAUGCUUCGAGGAGGACUUCCGCGUCCAUGUGACAGACAAGAAGUGGACCGAGCUGGACACUAACCAGCACCGGACCCACGCCAUGAGGCUCCUGGACGGCCUGGAGGUCACUGCCAGGGAGAAGAGACUCAGGGUGGCCCGGGCAAUCCUCUACGUCGCCCAAGGCACCUUCGGGGAGUGCAGCUCCGAGGCGGACGUGCAGGCCUGGAUGCGCUACAACAUCUUCCUGCUCCUGGAGGUGGGCACGUUCCACGCGCUGGUGGAGCUUCUGAACAUGGAAAUAGACAACAGCGCCGCCUGCAGCAGCGCGGUGCGGAAGCCGGCCAUCUCCCUGGCUGACAGCACGGACCUCAGGGUGCUGCUCAACAUCAUGUACCUGAUCGUGGAGACCGUUCACCAGGAGUGCGAGGGCGAUAAGGCCGAGUGGAGGACCAUGCGCCAGACCUUCCGGGCCGAGCUGGGUUCCCCGCUGUACAACAACGAGCCGUUCGCCAUCAUGCUGUUCGGGAUGGUGACCAAAUUCUGCAGUGGCCACGCUCCUCACUUCCCCAUGAAGAAGGUUCUCCUGCUGCUCUGGAAGACAGUCCUGUGCACGCUGGGCGGCUUUGAGGAGCUGCAGAGCAUGAAGGCUGAGAAGCGCACGCUGCUGGGCCUGCCCCCGCUGCCCGAGGACAGCAUCAAGGUGAUCCGCAACAUGCGGGCCGCCUCGCCGCCCGCCUCCGCCUCCGACCUGAUCGAGCAGCAGCAGAAGCGGGGCCGGCGGGAGCACAAGGCGCUGAUAAAGCAGGACAACCUGGACGCCUUCAACGAGCGGGACCCCUACAAAGCCGACGACGCUCGGGAAGAGGAAGAAGAGAAUGAUGACGACAAUAGCCUGGAGGGCGAGACAUUCCCCCUCGAGCGGGACGAGGUGAUGCCUCCCCCACUGCAGCACCCCCAGACCGACAGGCUUACCUGCCCAAAGGGGCUCCCCUGGGCGCCCAAGGUCAGAGAGAAAGACAUUGAGAUGUUCCUCGAGUCCAGCCGCAGCAAAUUCAUAGGUUACACUCUGGGCAGCGACACGAACACGGUGGUGGGGCUGCCCAGGCCAAUCCACGAAAGCAUCAAGACUCUGAAGCAGCACAAGUACACGUCGAUCGCAGAGGUCCAGGCGCAGAUGGAGGAGGAGUUCCUUCGCUCUCCUCUUUCAGGGGGAGAAGAGGAAGUCGAGCAAGUCCCUGCAGAGACACUGUACCAAGGCCUGCUCCCCAGCCUGCCCCAGUACAUGAUCGCGCUGCUGAAGAUCCUGCUGGCUGCGGCCCCCACCUCCAAAGCCAAGACCGACUCCAUCAACAUCCUGGCCGACGUCCUGCCUGAGGAGAUGCCCACCACGGUGCUGCAGAGCAUGAAGCUGGGCGUGGAUGUGAACCGCCACAAGGAGGUCAUUGUGAAGGCCAUCUCCGCCGUCCUGCUGCUGCUGCUCAAGCACUUCAAGCUGAACCACGUCUACCAGUUUGAGUACAUGGCCCAGCACCUGGUGUUUGCCAACUGCAUCCCUUUGAUUCUGAAGUUCUUCAAUCAAAACAUCAUGUCCUACAUCACUGCCAAGAACAGCAUUUCCGUCCUGGAUUACCCUCACUGCGUGGUGCACGAGCUGCCAGAGCUGACUGCCGAGAGUCUGGAAGCAGGCGACAAUAACCAGUUUUGCUGGAGGAACCUCUUUUCUUGCAUCAAUCUCCUCCGGAUCUUGAACAAGCUGACCAAGUGGAAGCACUCAAGAACGAUGAUGCUGGUGGUGUUCAAGUCGGCGCCCAUCCUGAAGCGUGCCCUGAAGGUGAAGCAGGCCAUGAUGCAGCUGUACGUGCUGAAGCUGCUCAAGGUGCAGACCAAGUACCUGGGGCGCCAGUGGCGCAAGAGCAACAUGAAGACCAUGUCCGCCAUCUACCAGAAGGUGCGGCACCGGCUCAACGACGACUGGGCCUACGGCAACGAUCUGGAUGCCCGGCCUUGGGACUUCCAAGCAGAGGAGUGUGCCCUCCGUGCCAACAUUGAACGCUUCAACGCCCGGCGCUAUGACCGGGCCCACAGCAACCCCGACUUCCUGCCUGUGGACAACUGCCUGCAGAGCGUCCUGGGCCAGCGGGUGGACCUCCCUGAGGACUUCCAGAUGAACUAUGACCUCUGGUUAGAAAGGGAGGUUUUCUCCAAGCCCAUUUCCUGGGAAGAGCUGCUGCAGUGA